AUGUUUGGUUCAAAAAAAGAACAAUCUCAUCCAGUUACAUCUUCUCACAAUGAGACUGUUUCUAGCGAAAAAGAUUCCGACCACCACGACGAUACUUCCAAGGGAUGGAUUGUCGGAGGAAAAUAUCGCGACGAAUUGUCCAACGAGCACGUACCCGACUUCGAUCCCAGCCAGCUACGAGAAGUGGAAUUCGACCUCCCUCUCACAAUCACAAAACCUACAACGCAUGAAGGAAAGGGAUUUAUCGUCUUGGAAUUUGUCGAUGGCGACAAGGAGAACCCUUUCAACUGGAACCCCAAGCUGAAGGCUUUCAUCAGUCUUCAGCUUUGUGCCAUGACACUCUUCAUUGGUCUUGCCACCACAGCUUACAGCGCUGGUAUUUCCAAGAUGGCUGUCGACAUCGGCACUUCUGUUGAGCUUGGUGAACUUGGUUUGUUCACCUUCAACUUUGUCUGUGCAUUGGGUCCUCUAUUCCUCGCUCCUUUCUGUGAGCUUGCUGGACGCAGAGUCGUCUACGUUGGUGCCUUCGGCUGCUUUGCCAUUAUGUUCAUUGCGCUGGCACUCGGAAAGAACAUUGGCACCAUGAUUGUGUGCCGUGCCUUGCUCGGUCUCUUCGGUUGUGUUGGCACCAUUCUCGUUGGAGGAACCUUCGGUGACAUGUACUACCCAGCUGAUCGCGCACACCCUAUGGCCUUCUUCUCCUUCAUUGCCAUCUUUGGUACCGUCGCCGCCCCAAUUUACGCCGGCUUUGUCGUCCAGGCUAUUGGAUGGAGAUGGCUCGAGGGUAUCCAGGGCAUGGCCAACAUUCCCCUUUUCAUUCUCAUCCUUUUCUGCCUCCGGGAGACUCGUGGUAGUGUCUGCCUGUCAAAGCGUGCCAAGGCUCUUCGCCAGGCCACUGGUGAUGACCGCUACGUGGACGUCAACGAACUGGAAGCUCCUGGUAUCAAGGAGAUGCUUCACAACUCCUCCGUCAAGGCCAUCAAGAUGCUUGCCACCGAGCCUGUCGUGUUUGCUCUUGGUAUCUGGAUUAGUUUCGCCUGGUUCCUGACUUUCCUCUUCUUGUCUGUCAUUCCCAUCACAUUUCAAGAGAAGAAGGGCUGGGGUGAGGGUGUUUCCGGUCUGCCUUACAUCGCUCUCUGUCUUGGAACAACCAUUGGCUGGCUCGCAAACUAUUUCCAGAUCAAGAAGUAUGAGUCCAUUGUCAACGACCCCAACCGCAAGGUCACCCCCGAGGACCGUCUGUACGGUGCCAUGUGUGGUGCUUACUUCCUUCCUGUCGGUCUCUUCAUCUACAGCUUCACCCAGUACAAGCAAAUUCACUGGAUGGGUCCUAUGGUUGGCUUAACCCUCAUCAGUAUCGGAAUUUUCUUCAUCUUCGAGUCUGUCUACAGUUACACCUCUGAUUGCUAUGGCGACAACGCAUCCUCUGCCAUUGCUGGCCAGGGUUUCAUGCGAAACACUCUUGGUGCUGUUUCUCCCCUGUUUGCUACCCAGUUCUUCCACAACCUGGGCAGCCAGUGGGCUGGUCUGUUGCUGUCUUGCAUUGCGACCCUCUUGACUUUCAUCCCUUACAUUCUGUUCAAGUGGGGACCUACUCUGCGCGCCCGAUCCAAGCUUGCCAGUCUCAUUGUGGACGGCAACUGA